AUGAACUUCGAUACCUUUUCUAAAAGUUAUUUAUUGCCCACCUUCCCUACAGCAUCCCAUGCUCCAUCCAUGACAGUGUGGGGGUCCAGAGUGAAGCGCUACAUGGGGCCUAACGUCUACACGGCUCCCCCAGAUGGUGGCUGGGGCUGGGUGGUGGCGGUCUCCUUCUUCCUGGUGGAAAUGUUCACCUACGGAGUCAUCAAGAGCUUGGGCAUCUUCCUCCAGGACCUGAUGGGGGAGUUCGGGGAGAGCAACAGCCGAGUCUCUUGGAUCAUCUCCAUCUGUGUCUUCGUCAUGGCCUUCACUGGUGAGACUAGGGGCAGCAUCAAGGUCUAGUGCUGUGGUGGUUUUGUAGAGCUGCAGGGUGUGCAGACUUUUGUUACUGGCCCAGCAUCGAUUCAAAUAAUCAGAUUUGUGAUCAACUGAAUCAGUGCUGGGCUAGAACGAAAGGCUCAGGAGCUCAAAAUAAAUGCUUUUAAAGGUGACAACACUUUGAUAUCACUCUCAGCUACAAAAGGUCAGAUGCGCUAUAGUGUGCUAACCAGAGGUACCUAUCCCCUCUCAGCUCCUCUCGCUUCUGUGAUGACCAACCGGUUUGGGUUCCAGACAGUUGUUAUGAUUGGUGGACUCCUCGUCUCCAUAGGAACCAUCGCCAGUGGCUUCACCAAAUCCAUCAACGAGAUGUACAUCACCAUUGGACUUGUUGCAGGUAUUAGAAACAAACACACACACACACGAUUGACCAUCACUCUCACAGUGCCACCAGUGUUGUCACCAGUGUGUGUGCGUGUGUCCUCUCCCCUCCACAGGUCUGGGAUACUGUCUGACCUUCCUGCCCACCAUCACCCUCCUGUCCCAGUACUUCUCCCACCGACGCUCCCUGGUCACAGCUGUCGCCUCCACAGGAGAGUCCUUCUCUGUGUUCGCCCUCGCCCCAGGUAAAAGGUCACAAGGGGACUAGAACACUCUGCUUACUAGCUAGCAAAGUGUAUCUUUAAAAAAAACUGCUAAUGUUUCAGUUUAGCAACCUUCCCAUUAUCUUAAUCUUACUUCUCUCAAUUGCUUUUUCUUUUCACAUUAACCUGCAUUUAAUUUUAGGUUGGAUUGCAAACCCUGACCACUAUAGUCUUGUAUUUCAAAUGCUCUCCUCUCUGUUCUCCUCUCUGCUCCUCAGCCUUCUCUGCUCUGAGGGACCGUAUCGGCUGGCGUUACACCCUGGUGGUGAUUGGAGCUCUACAAGGCAUCAUCAUCAUCUGUGGAGUUCUGCUAAGACCCAUCAUCAUCAGACCUGGACCAGCCACGGAGACAGAAACAGAUGGACUGGCUGACAAAGAGCUGAAGGCUCUGGAUACUCUGAACACACAGGAGUACUACAGUAAGGACAGGUUGUACACUAAGGUCAGUUCAUAUGCUAAGGAUGGGUCUUACACACCGCAGAAGGAUAACAAGCUGGCUCAUUGUUACUCCCUGAGCUCUGGAGAGUCUGAGGACCAGGUCCUGGAGGACGGCAGUAAGGCAGGGGAGGAGGUGAAGGGGAACGAGGGGAAAGAGGAGGAGGAGGAGGAGGAGGAGGCGUCUUCACAGCGGUGCUUAGGAAGCAAGGAGAAGGAGAUGGAGAAGGACGAGGAGACGGAGGAGAAGGAUGAGGAACAGACACAGACAGUAUCCCCCCAGAAACUCCUUGACUUCUCCAUGCUGAGAGAAGGCAGCUUCAUCUGCUACGCUCUCUUCGGCCUUUUUGCCACAUUGGGUUUCUUUGCCCCUCAGCUCUACAUCAUCGAGCUGAGUGUGAACCGUGGCGUGAAGCGUGACCGCGCCGCCUACAUGCUCUCCGCCAUGGCCUUUACCGAGAUCUUCGGCCGCCUCUCCAUUGGUUGGGUGCUAGGCAGGAAGCUGUUCAGAGGCAAGAAGCCCCUGGUGCUGCUGGGAUGUGUAGUUCUGCUGUGCCUGGUACUGGUGGCCUUUACCCUGGUGUGGGAGUUCUGGGGCCUGGUGGUGUGUUGUGGGUUCUAUGGGUUUUUUAUAGGCACCGUGUCGUCGACACAUAUACCCAUGCUGGCAGAGGAGGAUGUGGUGGGCAUAGAGAGGAUGCCGUCGGCCGUGGGGGUCUAUGUGUUUAUACAGAGCUUCGCUGGGCUGGCGGGACCACCUCUGGGAGGUAAGAGAUGCAUACAGAUCACAUCUUUUUCACAGCCCUCUGUCUCUUUUGCUCUCUCUUUCUGAUAUGUCCCACCAUUAUCAUCAAAGGAAAAUAACACAAACUUGCUUCAUUUGUGCAUCAUUUUAAUAAAUGAGUUUGUUUAACUUAUAGAAUUUUCUAUUGUGUUCUCUCAGGUGUUCUUGUGGACCUGACUCAGAACUACGGCUCAGCGUUCUACUCCUGUGCAGUGGGUAUGGGUCUGGGGGCUGUGUUCCUGGGUCUGGUACGACCAGCCAAGAGAGGCCUGCCCUGCUGCAGCACAACCAGGCCUCAGAGCAUUUCGUAUUAUUCUGUAUGUAAAUCAGAGACACUCCAUUUACUAUGAUAUGUUACAUUUUGAAUGGUAUGUAUUAAUUUGUGGGUGUCCAUCACCCAUUUCAUAUAAUAUGUUACGAAUUACAAUUCGUAUUAUUAUGUUACGAAUUAGCAAAACGUACAAUAUGCUACAAAAUUGCAAAACGUACAAUAUGUUAUGAAUUUGCUAAACGUAUGAUAUGUUACGAAUUCUAGCUAGUUGGCCAGGUGUCUAUCGUUAGCUAGCUCGCUAACGUUAGCUAGGCUAGGGGUUAAGGUUAAGGUUAAGUUUAGGAGUUAGGUUAAAGGGUUAAGGUUAGGGUUAGCUAAAAGGGUUAAGGUUAGGUGAAGGGUUAUCUAAAUGGGUUAGGGUUUUUACUUACAGAAUAAUAUGAAGUGCUCUGAGACCAGGUUGUGCAGCAGGAGGGGGGCUCAGAACCUCCCAGAACCCCUGCAGGUGGGGCCGGGAAACCCUGUACCUCAGCGAGAGGGGAAGGAGGCCCAGGACAGAGUCAGUCCUCAGGACUUCCUAGAAGUUGACCUUGAUUUGGAUGAGAAAACGUUACAGAAAAAGGCCAACCGAUGA